AUGAAGGAGUUUCUAGUACUACAAUUAUAGAAAUAACAAUUCUAUAAAAGUUAAAACAUCCAAAUAUCAUAAGGUAUUAAUAUUAUAAAUAUUUAAGUUUACUUGAGGUAAAAUACUUUAUGGAAGAAAAGAAAAUGUUGCUUAUUUUAUUCUAUGUAAAGUAAUCUAAGAAAAUAUAUGGAUAGAAAUUCAUCAUUAACUCUAAAUAAGAUAAAGCCAAUAAUAUAUAAAAUACUUUUAGGAUUAUCAUUUUGUCACAGUAGAAGAGUAUUGCAUAUGGAUCUUAAACCAUAAAACAUAUUAUAAAAUGAAAUGAUGACAAUUAAAUUAGCAGAUUUUGAUCUUUCUAGUGUAUUUCCAUUUCCAAUGCCUAAAUUUACAAAAGAAAUAGCAACUUUAUUUUAUAGAGCUCCUGAACUUAUGCUUGGAGAUAAUAAUUAAGGAACUGGAGUUGAUAUAUGGGCUGUCGGUGCAUUAUAUCGGAGUGUUUAACAAGAAAACCCCUCUUACCAGGUUAUAGUAAAGUAGAUAUGUAGUUUGAAAUGAUGGAGGUACUUAUUUAUUAUUUAUUCUUUUUAAAGUUACUUAGAACUCCUUCUGAUUAAACCAAUGUUGGAUUAUCUUAACUUUGGUUUUUUAAAAUUACUUUUCCAAAAUUUAAAGGCAAAGACUUGGCUUAUGUAAUUCCACUAUUGGAGAAAAUGAAUUCAAAGCAUUGGAAAUCUUAUAGUCUAUGCUUUAAUUCAACCCGGGUAAAAGACCUCAAGCUAAAGAAUUAUUAAAGUAUCC